AUGAACUUGAAGGAAGAGACGUGGGCGGGUGGCUUGGCCAACUCCAGCCUGGGCACCGGCGCAGACAUUGAAAUUGUGUGUCCCGUGAACACGGGAUUCGCCGAGUGGUUCCUGCCCUCUGUUUACCUGGUCGUGUCCCUGCUGGGACUUCUGGGGAACGGGCUGGGCUUGUGGAACUUGUGCGCAAGCUCUUGGAAGAGCAGCUGGAGUACCCUCAGUGUGCUGAUGUGCAACCUCAGUGUGGCCGACUUGCUUUACGUGGUCACGUUGCCCUUCUUGGUGUCCUACUACCUCCAGGGCCGCGUGUGGCUCUUUGGCAAAGAGUGGUGCCGGCUGACCCGGGCUCUCUUUCACCUCAACCUUUACGCCAGCAUUGGCUUCCUGACCUGCAUCAGUGUGCAUCGUUACCUGGGCAUUGUGUACCCACUGAGGAUGCUGGGCAGAUGUCAGACACUCAGUCCUGCUUUCCUGCUCAGCGUCUUGGUCUGGGGCUGGGUCAUCCUCCAGCUAUCCCCAGACUUCAUCUUCAGCAAAAUGGACCAGACGGGCACUCGGUGUCAUGACACCACGGGCCACGAGAACUUGAGCACCUACCUGCCCUAUACCCUGGCCAUCACCGUGACCGGCUUUGUCAUCCCUUUUCUCAUCAUCAUCGGAUGCUACUGCCAUGUGGUCGUGGCCCUCCAGAGGAACAGCAACGUGGACCCCAACCUCAAGCGGAGGAGCAUCAGACUGGCGAUUCUGGUGAUGGUGCUUUUCUCCGUCUGUUUCCUACCCUACCACGUCUUCAGGAACCUUAACUUGCUGUCCCGCAGGUGGCAACUCCAGGGAUCUUGUACCCAGACUUUAAAAAACAUCUACGUCUCCUACCAAGUGACUCGAGGCUUGGCCAGCCUGAACAGUUCCCUCAACCCCCUCCUGUACCUGAUGGCCAAUGAGGACCUUGUGACACGGCUAAGGACCUUCUGCCGUAGGGCCACUCGCAUCCUGGGGUCUCUUUUGCAAAGCCCAGCCCACCGCUCUUUGGACCUGAAGAAAGUAAGCAUCGUGCUCAAUGAAGAAUGUGAGGAGGCAUCUGAUGAUCUCUGA